AUGUGCAGGUUCUAUCGACCCCUCGGGUUUUUGGCCACUGGAUCCUUUCAGCGGGAGCUGGGGGACAGGGUGGGCAUCUCACAGCCAUCCAUCAGCCACGCUCUCCCUCGAGUUGUGGAUGCAAUUAAUCAACUGGCUACACAAUACAUCAAAUUUCCAUACACAGCAGAAGAGCAAGUAACAGUCAAGAGAGGAUUUCAUCUCAUUGCUGGUCUCCCUAACACCAUUGGCGCAAUAGACUGCACCCACGUACGCAUCAAGGCACCCUCUCCAGACUCUUUUCCAUACCUCAACCGCAAGCAAUAUCACUCUAUAAAUGUUCAACUAAUUUCGGACUCAAAUAACCACCUGCUGAACGUAGUCUCCCGGUUCCCAGGAGGAGCACACGACUCCUAUAUUUUUCAGAAUAGCUCCGUGGGAACACGCCUUGAACAAGGAGCGGCUGAUGACGCAUGGCUCAUUGGGGAUCGAGGAUAUGCCCUGGCUCCCUGGUUGAUGACACCACUGACAAACCCUCAGACUCCUCAGGAGGUGUCAUAUAAUCAAAUGCAUGCACGCACUCGCUCCACCAUCGAACGCACCAUCGGCAUUUUAAAGGGACGCUGGAUGUGUUUGGACACAGCAGGUGGCAAAUUGCUGUACAAACCGGAGAAGGUCUGUAGGAUAAUCAUGGCCUGCUGUGUCCUGCACAACAUUGCCAUGAAGCAUGGUGUGCCACUUCCCCCUCAGCCACUACACCAUGAGGAUGUGCGUCCUGACGCAGUGAUGGGACCAGACUGCAGGCGCGCUGUUCAUGUUCGAGAGCAGUUAAUUGCUCGACUGCGUCUUAGAUCAGGCAUGGUCGUGGAGAGGCACGGGCCCGAGUUCGUGUGGAUGUGCUGCUACAGGAGGGCUCUGUCAGUUCUGGCCCUGUUGGGAGACGGCUCUGCGGGACUUCAUCUGUGA